AUGUCUCGCCAGUGUGCUGCAAGACACCAGAGCAAAAGUGGCUUCAGUGCUGCUUCUGCUUUCAUCCCAAACAUGAGCAGCAUCAGCUUCUGCUCACGUCCUGCAUCCCAGGCUGGAAGCUGCAGCACUGGUGCUGGGUAUGGAAAAUUUGCUGGAGGUUUUGGGAGCAGGAGCCUCUACAGCCCUGGUGGAUGCAAGAGGAUUUCUGUGGCUGGAAGGGGCAGUGGCUUCUGUGGACCUGCAGGUUUUGGCGCUGGCACUGGAAACUCCUGUGGUUUUGGUGGUGUCUUUGGGUUCGGUGGUGGCUUGGGUGGCCCUGGGUUCCCUGCUGUCCCUGCUGGGGGAAUUCAUGAAGUCUCAGUCAACCAGAGCCUCCUGAAGCCUCUCAAUCUGGAGAUUGACCCCAACAUCCAGAAUAUCCGUAAGGAGGAGAAGAAUCAGAUUCAGACCCUCAACAAUAAAUUUGCCUCUUUCAUUGACAAGGUCCGAUUCCUUGAACAACAAAACAAGGUCCUGGAGACCAAAUGGAGCCUUCUGCAAGAGCAGGGGAACAAAACAGUCAGAAACAACAUCGAGCCUCUCUUUGAGACCUACAUCAACAACCUGAGGAGGCAGCUGAACAGCUUGCUGACAGACAAGGAGAAUUUGGGAGGGGAGAUGACCAAGGUGCAAAGCCUUGCUGAGGACUUCAAGAACAAAUAUGAGGAGGAGAUCAACAAGCGCACAGUUGUUGAGAACGACUUUGUGAUCCUGAAGAAGGAGGUGGAUGCUGCCUACAUGAACAAGACAGAGCUGCAAGCCAGGCUGGACUCCCUUGUGGAGGAGAUAGAGUUCCUCAAAGUCCUCUUUGAAGCUGAGCUGUCUCAGAUGCAGGCUCAGAUCUCUGACACCUCUGUCAUCCUGACCAUGGACAACAACCGGAGCUUGGACAUGGACAGCAUCAUCGCAGAGGUCAAGGCUCAGUAUGAGGACAUCGCCAACCGGAGCCGGGCAGAGGCUGAGUCCUGGUACCAGUCCAGGUAUGAAGAGCUGCAGGCUACAGCAGGCAGGCACGGGGACGACCUCCGUGUCACCAAGCAGGAGAUUUCUGAGCUCAAUCGCCACGUCCAGCGGCUCCGCUCUGAGAUUGACAGCGUGAAGAAACAGUGCACCAGUUUGCAGACAGCCACUGCAGAUGCUGAGCAGCGUGGGGAGGUGGCCAUCAAGGAUGCCAAGGCCAAACUGACCGAGCUGGAGACAGCCCUGCAAAAGGCCAAGACAGACCUGGCCAGGCAGCUCCGGGAGUACCAGGAGCUGAUGAACGUCAAGCUGGCCCUGGACAUUGAGAUUGCAACCUACAGGAAGCUGCUGGAGGGGGAGGAGUGCAGGCUCUCUGGAGAAGGUGCCAGUGCAGUGAAUAUCUCUGUGACCAGAACCUCUGUCGGAUCGGGCUAUGGAAGUGGAAACUGUCUCAGCUUUGGAGGCAGCAGUGGUGUUGGAGGUGGGAUCUGUGCUGGAGGAAUUGGCUUCAGCUCUGGGAGUGGACAAGGCACAGCUGGGUCGUGUGUGGCUGGUGGAAGCAGUUCCAGCAUGAAGUACAUCACCACCACCACCUCUUCAGCCAAGAGAUGCUACUAA